CUCCCCCUUUCUCCCAGCGCUCUGCUCCUCUCUCCAGCUGAUCGGCCCAGCGUCCCCGGUGGCCCUGUCCGUCGUUGCUUUCGACGGGCCCCGACUUCCAGUAAAACUGGAUUAAUUUUACGCGCUCGCCCGCCGCUCGUGUCGGCAGAGUUAUUUACUUGAGGCCGAAACUCUGAGAAAUAACCCGACUGUAGAGGAGAGCUUUAAAGCUCGGGCUAGCUUAACAAACAGGAGGCCUUCACUCCAUCCACGGAUUCACCUGCUACGCGGAGAGCUUGUCACGGCGGACAGACAUGGGGGACACCGGGAGCGAGGGCAGCAAGGGUCCUAGCAACGUCAACGUUUUACCCCCGCGUUGUCCCUGUGGUUUUUGGGGGUCGAGCAAAACCAAGAAUCUUUGCUCAAAAUGUUUUGCAGACACUGAGAAGAAACAGUCGAACGAUGAUUGUGCCCCAAAGACCUCUUCAAGCACCACCACCAGCAGUCAGACAGACAUCUUCUGUAGUGAAACAAACAGCAUUAGUCAGUCCCUGAUGUCGAGAUCCAGCAAUUCAGAAGAACCUUUGCCAGGAGAGACUGGAGUGACAUCUGUUCAUAUUCAGAAUGGUCUAUCAAACACAGAAUCUGUCCUGGCUUCACUUUCCACUCCCUCAAAACGCUCAUAUGAAUCUGCCUCAGAGUCAGAAAGUGACUCCUCACCAGAGAAGCGGGCAAGAGUGGCAGAGGUUCCAGAGGGUGAGGAGUGUUCAUCGUCAUCGUCAUCAUCAUUAUCAUCUUCGCCAUUUUCUUCUCGCAGCGGCUCUAAACAGCGGAGCCGCAAACGUUGCCAUCGCUGCCAAACUAAACUGGAGCUGGUACAGCAGGAACUGGGCUCCUGUCGCUGUGGCUUCAUCUUCUGCAUGCUCCAUCGUCUUCCUGAGCAACACGACUGCCUCUUUGACCACCAGGGGCGCGGACGUCAGGAGGCUGUGCUUAAGAUGGUAAAGCUGGACCGUAAAGUGGGCCGCUCAUUCCAGCGCAUCGGGGAGGAGUGUUCUUGAGCAACCAUUUGCUCUUUUGGAGCCUCGGCUUUCAGACAGUGUCUCAGCGUUAACGUGGAUAUGGGUUUUCUCCUAUAAUUCUUCAGGGUUUUUCACAAGUUUUUACUUUUUGGAAAGCAUUGCUCUAUUUUAUAAUUGGCUCUUUUGUCAAAUUCUCCCCUUACUCUUAUUUGUUUAACUCCAGCUUCUUUUGGUCUGAUAGAAUCCCUUAUACCAAGAUACCUAUUGGAAAUGGAAAAACUCCAACAUUUUAG